UUCACAUUACGAAUCAGACAGCUGUACACGACGGACAUCCUUCUGCUGGACUGUUCUUGAGGAUAGGAAAGAACACUCGUUCAGUUAAAAGGCCACCAUGAGUAAAACGGCGAAGUCCUCGUCUGUGUGGUUGAGGAACUGCGAGAAGGAGACAGUGGAACCAAUUGAGGGGAAAGUAAAAGGAAAGUUGCCGGAAUGGCUGAACGGCAGACUGACCCGCAACGGACCCGGUCGCGUCGAGUAUGGCAACACCCGUAUCAACCACCUGUUUGAUGGCACGGCCUACAUCCAUCAGUUCAACAUUAUUGAUGGCAAGGUCACCUAUCAGUCAAGAUACCUCAACAGCGACACCUACAAGAAGAACAAAAAAGCUGAUCGUAUUGUUGUCUCAGAAUUCGGCACAGCUGCUUACCCCGACCCCUGCAAGACGCUGCUCCAGAGAUUCAUGAGUGCCUUCACGCCCAUAAGCAAAGCGGAACCGACAGACAACUGUGUGGUGAAUGUGUGUUACUUCGGGGACCAGCUGUACGCCCUCACCGAGACGCGGAAUCUGAGGAGAAUCCACCCCGACACUCUGGACGUGGUGGGAGACAAGACGAGAUUGGACAACUACGUGGUAGUCAACACAGCGACGGCGCAUCCACACGUAGAGCCCGACGGCACGAUCUACAACAUGGGAAAUGCUUAUGCAGGAAAGAAAGGACCGACCUAUAACAUCAUCAAGUUCCCUCCGGCAAAGGUGGUUGAUGGCAAGAAGAUUUCGUCCAUCCAGCAAGCCGAAAUCGUCUCCGCCAUCCCCUGCCAGUGGAAGAUGUACCCUUCCUACUACCACUCCUUCGGCAUCACAGAGAACUACUUUAUCUUCGUCGAGCAGCCCUAUGUAUUCAACCUCAAGAAGUUUCUGCUCAACUAUUACAUAGGAAAGCCAUAUUUCGCGGCCGUUGAAUGGUAUCCUGAGCAAAAGACAAAGUUCCGUCUGGUGAAUCGAAAGACUGGAGAAAUGGUGAAAACAGUUUAUGCUGCAGAUGCUUUCUUGACUUUCCACCACACCAAUGCCUAUGAGAAGGACGGACAGCUGGUGGUCGAUCUGGCAACCAUGAAAGACGGUGAGGCCGUCAACGCCCUUAUGGUGAAGAACCUUGAGAACCCCGACUUCGUGAGCGAGCCGGCGACGAUGCCAACCCACUGGAGGUUCGUGUUGCCUCUCGACGUGCAGAAGGCUCCCGAAAACACCAACCUCAUUACGCUCGAGGGAACGAAAUGCACGGCUUACAAGAGAGCCGACCAGACCGUGGAAGUCCAUGGGCAGAGGAUUUCCAGCCAGUACUUUGACCUCCAGCGCAUCAACUACAAGUACAACGGGAAGGAGUAUGAAUAUGCGUACGGCGUCGAAGUCAACCCUAAGGGGUCGGUUUUCUCGCGGCUGGUUAAAAUGAACGUGAACACUGGCGAAACGACCCUGUGGCAUGAGGAAGGGAAAGUUGUGAGCGAACCCGUGUUUGUUUCCGCCCCAAACGCCACGAAGGAGGACGAUGGCGUUAUUCUAUCCACUCUGCUUGACACUAACAACACGAAGUCCGUAGCGCUGUUGGUUCUGGACCCAGUAACGUGGACAGAAAUGGCACGUGUUGAGUUCGAAGCGAAUGGAACUGCCACCGCAACUUUCCACGGACUGUUUGCCGCCGCCGAUGAAAAGAUUCAUAUGUACUAAUGAAUUUUUUCUUCUUCUGUAGUGUAUUAAUGAAGAAGCCUUUGUCUUGAACCUACCUUAGUGAUACCCUACAUGUACCGUAUUUACCAUUGCAUAUAUAUUAUUACUAAAAAUAUUUUUGUUUAUAUUUAAUCAUCAUGAUUAUUGCAUGUACCUUGGUGCUACUUUUGCUUACUGUUAUGUUUAAUUGUUUAUGAGUUUCUUGAUAUUGAACUCAAGAUAGAGGUGUAGAUUUUAACCUUGAUAGUCUUUUAUGGAUAAAUUUAUACCGCAACUUUUACAAAUGACUCUAGUUGUAUUUUGUAUACUCACUUAUAAACGGUAUAUUGGAAUUUGUUGUCUUUGUUGAGUUUUGAAAUGUAAUGUUCAGUUGUAGAAGCGUCUUUCCAUGUGCUAUAAAAUACGUAAAAAUUUCUAGUCAGGGAAGAAAUAUAGUAUAUUUUCAAAUAACGAAAAUAUUGAUAAAGCUACUAUAUGGAACAGUUGUAAAUAAGGUAGAUUUUUUUGCUGCGCAGACAUAUUUACGCGCCAUGUAAUAAGGUUCAGUAUUUUAGGCAUAAUAAUGUACUGUAUCUAUCACACGAACAAUUCAACUGUAAAGUUCCAAUGAGA